UGAAAAAGUAAAGCCCACUGUCUUCAAAGUUCCAAACCGCCAAACCCUACAAAGCCCAAACCGGGAAACCGCCAACAGGAAAAAAAACCACAACUUUCCCACUAUAAAUAACCACUGCACCUCCAUAGUCCUUACCUCUCUCCAAAACUUUUUCAGAGUUCGAUCGAUCAGUUCAUAUUUCUUAAACUUUUAUUUCCAAACUUUCCGAUCAACGAAAUGGCUGACGUGGCGGAGAAAGAGCGGAAGAUCCUGGUGGCCGUCGACGAGGGCGAGGAGAGCAUGUAUGCUCUCUCCUGGUGCCUCAAGAACGUGGUUUCUCAAAAUUCCAAGGAUACCCUUAUCCUGGUCUACGUUAAGCCCCCGAAAGCUGUGUACAUGCCCCUAGAUGGCACAGGUACGAGAGAGGGUCCGUCAGGGUAUAUGUUUUCGACUGAUAUUUUUGCGGCGAUGGAGAAGUACAGCGGCCAGGUGGCCAGCUCCGUCGUCGAGAAGGCCAAGAAGAUGUGCAGGGAUGUUCUUCCUGAGCUGGAUGUUAAGGUGGAGACGAGAGUAGAGAAUGGUGAUCCGAGGGAUGUGAUUUGCCAUCUGGUGGAGCAGAUCGCUGCCGAUGUUCUUGUCAUGGGCAGUCAUGGCUAUGGUCUCAUCAAGAGGUAGGCCCCCAUUAACUCUUUUUCUUUUGUUUCGUCUGUUAUAUUCAGGAGUUUUCAACCGUUAGAUCUACUUUUUAAUCUUAGUUGAUGGUGGAAAUUAGUAGAUUUACGGACUUACAUAUAAUAGCAGUAGCGUGUAACUUUUUUUUCGGUAUUGUUUAAUUUAUUUUUUAGUGUGUGUGUGAUCAUUAUACAAUAAUUAGUUUAUUAUAAGACGAAUUCAUGACCUCUCACUUAUAAAGAAGAUACUUAUGCUACUGGAUCAGGUAAUACUAAGCGUAUUUUUCUAUCUUUGUGUUUUGACGGAAAUUCUACCACAUUCUUGUGUGUGAUAAUUUUAUAUCAUAAACCAGAGUAUCUGGAUCGAUAGGAGGACUAAAAUAAAAUGAACCGACAUUGAAUUUGAUUAAAGAUAUUUUAAACCAUUUUGAAGAAUGUAUCGAAAGAAAUUUGCUAUUUGCAGGGCUUUCCUUGGAAGUGUGAGCAACCACUGUGCACAGAAUGCGAAGUGUCCUGUGUUGAUUGUGAAGAAGCCGAAAACAAAUUGUGGGAGCAAAUGAUCUUGUUUUUCUCUUCUUCUUCUUCCUCUUCUUUGCAAAUUUCUCUUCUUGGCUUUGGCUUGGUAGAAUUAGACAGUUUGUACUAUAAAUUGGUAACUUUUUCCUCUUUUGUUAUAUGUCAAAUUUCAUGCUGUAAAUUUAUAAUGUAUCAAUGGAACUAUCACAUACCAGUGAGUCUCAUCGAUCAUUUCUGGUACUGAAACCCUGUGUCACACAAUGCGAUUACAUAAUUCAAACAA